AUGGAGCAGUCCGCAGAAUCACAUCCGGAGGAUUUGUCAAGGACGACUAGUGAAGCAUUUUCCUCAUCAAAGCAAGGCAGCGAAGAGGUGACCGUCGAGGAGCUAAAGAAAAAGGUCAAGGAUUUGGAGCUGCAGCUCGAGUACGAAAUAAAUCGACACGAGGCUGAAGUACAGGAAAAGGAGGACAGCAUAAAAUCCCUGGAAGAAAAAAUAAACGAGUUAGAGAAUUCGAAAAAAGAAUCCGAUGAAAAGGAUGAAGCCAUCCUAAACAUGAGCGAAAAGCUCCUCAUCUUAUCGAACAAGUACGAUGUCUUGGCGAAGGAAUCGAAGCUACAGGAAGAGGAGCUGAAACAUUUGAAAAAUAAAAAAAAAUACAGAAACGAUAAAACGAAUGAGUUCAUAAUUACACUAAAAAAACAGAAUGAAGAUUUUAAAAAGGACAAUGAAACGCUAACGAACAAAUAUUCUGAUCUGCUUACGGAAAAUAGUGGCCUUAAAUGCUCCUGCAAAAUGCUACAAGAGCAGCUGCAGGAGAGUCAAAAGAAAUUGGAAAUUGUAAAGAUGCAUAGUACAAAGGAGUUUGACGAGAAAAGCGCCCUUCAAAUUUUAAACCUCGGAACGGUAGGAAAAUGCUUUACACAUGGAAGUGAAGCCAAUCCGCUCAAACUAGAAAUAGAGUACAAAGAUAUGAUAAUAAAAAAAUUGAUGCGGAAGAGGUUGACGGAGGAGAUGAUGAAGGGAAUAGACCAAAGCAACAAUGGCAGCUGCAACGGGAAGGACAAUACAAUGGGAAAGGAUUGCCCAAAUGAGGAGGACUCCCCAAACAGUAACACCUUUAACCACAACGGGGAGCAACUAAUUACGUUCGAGAAAAAAUUGGAGGAGCUGUACCAAAAGUGUGUGGAGUCACAGAGUGACAAUGACCAAUUGAAGAACAAAAUUAAAAAGUUGACUGAUCAUAUAGAUGACCUGAAAAAGGAAAACACGGAUUUGUUGGGAAUCAUCGACACUCUGAGGGAGUACAUCAACAAGGUCCAUCGCGGGGACGUGAAUGUUCACCAAUUUGAUGACUUAAUAAAUAACCUUCUUAAGGAGAACUCAACCCUGAAUGACGAACUAUCCAAGCAGAAAAGGAAGAACAUGGUGGACACCUACUUCUUUAACAAAGAGCUGCAACUGAUACAAAGCGACAAAUUUAAAAUUAUAGAAAAAUUUGAUGAGGGCAAGGUGAAUAAUUUCCCCCACCUGUACGAACCGCUAAACGUGACUCUUAACGAAGCUCCACAUGAGUACCAUGAAGAGGUCGCUGAAAAAAGGGAAGCAGGACAAGAUCACGGCGUGAUUGCUAGUCCUAAAAAAAGCAGGGAUGAUAGAACAAAUGGAAAAAACUCCCACCUGGUUAAGUCCAACAAGCCGGUAAUCACAGACGAGUUGGUUCAUACGUAUAUGAAGGAUUAUAUGAUGAAUGUUCAGAACAGGACAUGA